GUUGUCGAUGUAACUGUUUAUUAUUUCAGUUUCUGUCCUUUUUACCUGUUGUUGUCAAUUUAGUCUGUUUGUUUUUGGAUUCUUAUGUUCUGUUUGGUUGCUGCGAAACCGAUGGAAAAGAAGAGAAAAUUUUGGAACUCCUUUUUCCGUUGCUUUGGUUUUCCAAGGAAUGAAAGAAUGGACUGGACUGAGCUUCAUAUAUUUAUAUUCAUCCAUUAAGAUGACAGAGGCUGAUGGGGACUGUUCAUUAGUAUUUGAACUCCCUGAAAAUGAUCCUCUCUUUGAGAAAAAGAAGAAAGUACUACAAGCUAAGGGUUUUGAUACCAAGGAACGUGUAUACUUCAAUAGCAUCUCAUGUUCUGGUUGGACAAAUACUACAUUGGAAAAAAUGCUUAAGAGAGCGAGAAUCAUUCAUUUGGAUGAGGUAGAACUUUACUUUGGUGAAGUUCCUGUAUCUCCAUCUGUAGAAUUUUACAGUCACAGGAAUGAGCUGGAGGCUCUCAAUUCAAUCCUCUCCCUCAUUGAUAUCUCUUGCUCAAGUUGUCAACACACGAGAAUGGAUGUCUUGCAAGAAUUAUGCAAUGCAACUCUUGAUAGGAUUCAAGAAUUUGGUGACAAGAACAGACUGGAGACUAGAAUUGUUGAAGACUUGAGCAUUGAAAAAGAGGAGUGUAUAUUACAGUGGGGUGAAAGAAACAAUGUUAGAACAAAGCUGAAGAUAGCCUAUGUUGAAGGAGCUGGACGAGGUGCUAUUGCCACAGAAGACCUUAAAGUUGGAGAUGUUGCUUUAGAGAUCCCAAUGUCCAUAGUCAUUUCUGAGGAGCUUGUGCAUGAAUCUGACAUGUUUCCUAUAUUGGAAAAAAUUGAUGGCAUUUCCUCUGAGACGAUGUUACUGUUGUGGAGCAUGAAGGAGAAGCACAACUCGAAUUCAAAAUUUAAGACCUACUUCAAUGCAUUACCUGAGGCAUUCAAUACAGGACUGAGCUUUGAAUUUGAUGCAAUCAUGGUUUUAGCUGGAACCUUGCUGUUGGAAGAGAUAAUUGAAGCGAAAAAGCACUUGAAUGCCCAAUAUGAGGAGUUAGUUCCUGCCCUAUGCAAAGAUCACCCUGAUAUAUUUCCAUCAGAGUUCUACACACAGGAGCAGUUCUUAUGGGCUUGUGAGCUCUGGUACUCUAAUGGCAUGCAGGUUAUGUUCACUGAUGGAAAAUUAAGGACAUGUUUGAUUCCUAUUGCAGGCUUUCUUAAUCAUUCACUAUAUCCCCACAUAAUGCACUAUGGCAAAGUGGAUUCUAAGACAAAUUCCCUGAAAUUCUGUGUGUCCAAACCAUGCAACAUGGGGGAGCAAUGCUAUCUUAGCUACGGGAAUUUCUCCAGCAGUCAUUUAGUUACCUUCUAUGGUUUCAUACCACAGGGAGACAACCUCUAUGAUACGAUUCCAUUGGAGAUCGAUAAUCCUCAGGGUGAUUGUCCUGAGGAGUUUCACCCCAUGUCUGAUUCAGCUACUCACAUGGUGCGGGGUACUUGGCUCUCAAACAAUCAUGAGAUCUUCCAUUAUGGCUUGCCACCCCCUCUCUUAGAUCAUCUACGGAGUGCUUGGAGUACUGUGCCACCUUUCAAGACCCCUACGCUGGCCAACUUGGAAGUUGAAAAGAAAGUUUUAGGAGACAUCCUUUCCACCUAUGAAACAUUGAUGGAAUGUAUUGAUGACACAGAAGAAGAUAACCGGAGAAACUCCAGUUGGGAUGUGAAGCUAGCCAUGGAGUAUAAGGCUAUACAAAGGAGGAUCAUCUCCUCUAUUUUAACAUCAUGUCACUCUGGUCUCAAGACCAUAGAAAAUGAAAUGUGCAGAUGUGCGGCCGUGACCAGCAGUGGGUAGAUGGGCUGACUGCAACCCAUGGCCAUGCUACCUCUGUUUCAAAACCGGGACAUCGUCUUCCCAAUGCAAGAAGGUCAUAUACAGAUUCAAAUGUGUUUCAACUGCAUAUUGCAGUUUCAGUACACCCUAUUGAAGAUGACAGUGAUCCAACCAUGGAGUUUCUUCUUCCCUUAUUGCAUCUUGAGGCCCCAACUCAACUGAUAUCAAAACUUUGUUUUCUGAAAGGUCAUACACGAGAAGAGGGAGAUUAUCAUUCUGUGUGAUAUGCAUUGAUUUUUUUUUUUUUUUUUUUUUUUUUGAUGCGUUAAAUUUUUGCUUUUGGACUCAUUUCUCUCAACCUUGAAGAACAGAAAUGAUCAGUUGAGGUAGGGGGAUUUGGGGCCCAGGAUCCCUUCCAAAGCACCUUACUCACUAAA